AUGCGAUACGAUUUUGAGUCGUGCUCUGAGAGAAACAGUAUCGGCCUUGAAGAGAAGUUGCGGGCGACUGUCGACCACAUACGGAGUAGCAUACUGGGAUACCCCUUGCCUCUAUCCUUCCCUGUUGACAUUAAAGAUUUCGUCACUGAUUCCGGAAAACGUUCCUUCGUCUUAAUACGAGUCAUGUACGGAUACGAGUAUGUACUGUUGUUUGCAUAUUUGCGCGUGAAUAUAUGCAAGUCAAAUAUAUCAAGUCAGGGUUCGAAGAAGUGUCGGAAGCGAACGCAAGAGGAGAAGAGGUCACUGGAAGUCUGCAUUUAUGCGACGUUUUACCGCCAGAGGGUGAGGAGAUGGAUCAGGGGCUUGGCGGAUCCCGAUCCCUGCACCUUGAGCGGCGAACACUCGCAUUAUGCCGCUGUUGUGCGCGGAGACGAAACUGCGCCGAUCGCCUCACGACAGCCACAUGAGACAACACUCUAUACGCGGUUUAGCACUCUCUAG